AUGUGGAUGGACGGGGACUGUUUGUGGUUGUCUUCUGCGGGAUCUGUGGUGGUAGUGUGGUAUGGUAGUGUGGUAGUUCCGUAUGCCUGUGCCCGGCGGUGGAGUGAGGUCAGGUUCGUAGCUACUCCAGUCCAGCUAGCGAGUCGCGAACUAGUGCCACCAGAGAGGAGUCUCGCGUCGGCUCGCUUUGUGCCUCACUGGGAACUACGCCGCAAAAGACAGAUGAUCGGCCGUAAGGGCCGUAACACCAUGGACAGCAGCAGCAGCUCCAGCAGGAAAGCCCAGAAGAGAGGAGUGGAGCAGCCAAGGGGGAAAGAGGGAGAGCGAGAGGGGGCUAGUCAGAAGAGGAGAAGGGAGGGUGAAGGGAAGCGCAGGCGUGGGCAAGUCGCGACGUCGUGGUGCUGUACGGCGCGGCUGGAUUGGACGUUGAGACCUGCACGAGUAAUACUGUCCCAACCCGGUGGAGGACAAGGUGGAGGACAAGGUGGAGGACAAGGUGGAGGACAAGGUGGAGGACAAGGUGAAGGACAAGGUGAAGCGCAAAAUGCGGUCAAGAGCGCAAGCUCCGCCGAAGACGCCAGGGGCCGCGAUAAGCAGCUAAGGAGGUUCAGGGCCAGCCAGCCAGGCCAGGGUAGGGUAGGGAAGGGUAGGGUAUGUAGAGUAGGGGAGGCACGACGAGGGGGAUUCACGAGCAGUGACUUGAGUCUUGAGUCUUGA